CUUUUUUUUUUCAUAAAAUGACAGAAAUCUUAUCUGAAAUAACUAAAGUAGAAAUAACUAAUGAAGAAGAAGACAAUAAAGAAAGAGUAAAAACAAGACACACAGCAAUAAAGCGUACUUUAUCUGAUGAUGAGCUCCAUAAUGAGAGUUCAAGUUUUAAACGUUCUCGAUCAAAUAAGCAACCUCGUUGGUAUAAUCAAGCAUACAUGCUUUUCCUAGCAUUGCGUCAACAUCCUGAACGUACUUUACCACGCGGUGAACUUAUCAAAGCUGCACUUGCGUUAGAUAGAAAAAUUAGUGCUGAAUUACAGUUGCCAAGAGUAUUUAGAAGUAAGACACCUGGAAAUUCAGCAUCUGCCUGUUUGACUAUUAAUAAUGACCGUUACUUUGUUGCUUUUAAACCAGAAGGCAGUCGAUCAACUUAUUUCAAAUUAGCCUAUGAACCAGGAGAUGAAAAGAAAGCAAUUCAAGAGUAUCAAAAGUGGUGCAAGAAACUUGCAGAACACGACUGGCCAUAUUGUUUUGGUAUACCUAAAAUAAAAAAGACAACUCAGUCAAAUACGGAUGACUUGGAAGAUAGCCAAUAUCCUACACCUAUUUCAGACGUUGAUGAUAAGCCCUGUACACAAGAAUCAUUUAAUGAUAAAAUGGAAAAAACAGACAUGAUAAAAAAAGAAGUCCCUAUUGUUCAGAAUGAAGCAUUAUCAAAAACGAAUAAAACUUGUGAAAGAAUAACGAGCUCUGAUAUUUCAUUAUUAUCAGAUAAAGACAAUAUUACGAUGAGCGUUAAUAUUAUAGAAAAUGGAAAAAAAGAUAUUAUAGUUAAGAAACAUAAUAUUGUUACAGCUACUAAACAGCCAUUCAUAGAUUCAACAAAAUCAAUUAACACGUUAUCUGUAGAAGUUAAUUUAGAACUACAAAAGAUGACUCAAACUAAUGAUAAUAAUAAUAAUAAUAAUAUACCUGCAACAACAACUAAUGCCAAAAAGAUAAGCAAUAAAGUACAGGAGAUGCCUGUGUAUACAUUAGAUGAAUUGGAUCUAUCUGAUAUUCCAAAGUCAUGGCGUGACAUUGUUUAUGUUGCACCUUCAAAAAUUCCUGGUGCAGGUAGUGGUUUGUUUGCAAAACGUAAAUUACCUUAUAAUACACCUAUUGGAUUCUAUUUCGGUGUACCAAUGACAGAAGAUGAAUUCGAUUCUUUGAAAGAUCGUGUAGGACGAGCCUCAGAAUAUAGUAUUAUGUAUAGACGUACUGUACUUGAUGCAACUGAUGAACAUGGAGAACCUAUAACGGAUGAAGAAAGUGAACGCUUUUGUCCUUUUCAUUUUAUGAAUGAAACAGAUCAAGAACAUGCAACCAUUGCCUUUGUAGAGGGAAUUAUUGUUAAUCAAGUUAUUUGUUGGACUAAAAAAGACAUUGAAGCAGGAGAAGAAUUACUUGUAUGGUAUGGAGCGGAUGUAGAGAGACAUUGGAAACAAGGAGAAGAGAAGAAAAAGCAACAAAAGAAAAAAGAGAACAAUGAAGAGGUAAAAGUAAAUAAAAAUAAACAAUAAAAUGCAAAUGAUAAAAGUAAUAAUACCCUCCCUCAUUACUUAUCAUCACACUCACUUUAUCCUAUUUGCAAUAUUCUCCCUCUCUUUCUCUUUCUCUUUCCCUUUCCCUUAUUAUUCUUAUUUUACAACCAUUAAAAUUUUAUUUAUAUAUUAUAUAUUCAAUAU